AUGCAGCAGGGAGACAAUAGCACAUGUGCUAUAGAGUUCCUUGCAGUUAACUGGGCCACUUCCUACAGUCUCAUUCUUCCUCCCACCUUUCUUCCUUAUCCCUCCUUGUCACAGUUCCCCAAAUUAAUUCAUCUUCUUCUCACCUCCCUUUCAUACUUUUGGCUAGGUGAGAAGUCUGGGAAUGAGCCCGAGGAGGCAAAGCUGCAGAGCACCAGCAAACAGAUCGUGCAGAAUGCCAUCCUGCAAGCUGUGCAGCAAGUCUCCCAGGAGAGUCGGCGGAGGGAAAGCAGAACCAGUGACAACAGGGCCCACUGCCCACUGGGCGGGCAGGAGUUGACCAAUAAACACGAAAAGAAGUAA